CAAUACAAAACAGUAUUUAACGCAGUCAUGUGUUUAUGAUCAAAUGUGUUUCAAUGACAACCGAGUGGCGUUUGUUUGUUGACUGUAUUCGGCAGCGUUCGGUGUUAGCAGAGCUCCAAGGCGCUGGCAGCCCACACAAUGCAGCAGCCGCAGCCGCCUUCAAUUGGCUUGUUAGCAUAGCAAGUUAGCUUGCAGCUAGCUGUCACUUCAGAAAAAGGUGAUCGAGGGUUUAUUUAUUUAGUGUGUUAACAAGAAGAAUAGAAACGACGUAGCUGCCUAAAUAUUUAGGCUUGAUUCAUAAGAUGAUGGCAGUUGUAUUGUGUUGUGGGUGGUAAAUUUAAUCAAGUUACUGUUAAUAUCUUUUUGAAUAAAAUUUAUACCCUAGGUUCAAAUAAAUCCAUGUAAAAAAAACAAAAAAAAUAUGAAAUAUCAAGUACUUUUUUAAUCUGUUGGGACAAUGCACAAUUCUAUAUUUUCGUGCCACCGGUUUUUAAUGACUUUAUUUUAUAUUCCCUUAACCCAGGAGUCGGCAACCCAAAAUGUUGAAAGAGCCAUACUCGACCCAAAAAACAAAUCUGUCUUAAGCCGCAAAACAAUCAAAGCCUUAUAAGGAAGGCAACGCAUGCUGUAAGUGUCUAUAUUAGCCUACUAUCCAAAUGACAUAAUGAGCAUUCAUGAUGAAAUUUUUCCUGCAAGGCAUCCUGGAGAGAAUGACGCACCACGUGACUACUCUGCUGUACGAUGGUGUUUUAAGUUUAACUUCCGUUGCAUUGAUGAAAUUAUAGAAAUAUAAUAAAGAAAACAGAUUUUUUUAUGUCAUUUUUAUUUUGAGGAUUUAAAAAAAAAAUGGAACAUGCCUCCUGUAAUUUCAGACCUCCCCAUGGAAAUAAAAUGCAGUCCUCUUCAUUCCUCAAUAAUACAAACAAUCCUCUUCUCUUUUCCCACUUAUCUGGGCAAAAGACAGAGUGUAAUAAAAGUAAAAAGCAGCAUCCUCUUCUCUUUUGACGCACAAUACAACGCAGCUGUCCUCGGACCUGAGCAAGAAAACACAAUAAUAUCCCUAUGUUUCUUUCCAAAUAUAUAAUGACAAAAAUCAGAAACCACUUUAUAAAGACAGACACUUUGUUGCUAAAUAUGUGCCGAUGACCAAAUUGUGUUCUUACCCGUUUCUUGUGACUUCUUUUUUCGGACAUCACUGGGCAGCUUCUCAACAUCGGGCAUGUAAGAUGUAACUUUAAUCUCGGCACAUGACUGCAAGCUCUCAUCUGUGAGGCAGUUGCGGUAUUGGGAUUUAAUGUAGUUCAUGUUUGAGAAUAUCUGCUCGCACAGGUAUCUUGAUCCAAAGAUGGAUAAUACUCCAAAUGCAUAUAUCUUCAUGUUUCCAUACCUGUCAAGAAGAGCAUUCCAUGUUUCAAACACAAGUUUCUCGGGCGUUGCGAAGCUUUCAAUUUCACUCCAUUCGUGGCUUUGGGCAAGCUGGGCUUUCUGGCGAGUGACAUUUUCAAGCUCGGCUGUCAGACUUCUGAAUUUGUAAACCCAUAAAUCUUUGUCAGCUAUAUCGCCCAUUUCCAUUUGGAGGUCAGCUUGAUUUAGUCCUAGGAAUGUGUUCAACAAGGACAGCUAGCAUGCCUUCCCUGGAAAUGUCUUUCCACAUGACUCUUUUUGUUAUUUGACAACUUCUCAUUACAAAGUAGACAUGUAGGCAAACCUUCCGCGUUGGCAAUGAAAGCAUAUGAUUCGGUCCAAGAACUGUUGAAUCCCCUUUCUCCUCAGCUAUCUUUCACUUUUUACCUUUGCGAUCCAUGGCCCAUCACACACCCGCCGUUUUGUCUGCGACAGCCACCUGCCACGCCGAGCUCAAAGAAGCCUGCGUCGCAGGCUAUGACGCAAAUCUUCAUUGACAGAAAUGUUGAAAUUUAAUAUUUAUUCCACACAUUUUUACAGCAUUAGAAAACGUUAAGAAUGUUUGUGUCAUGUUUGUCCUCCUACAGAAACCACAUUAAAACAAAAAGUAUAUUUUUCUCCCCCAUCUUUUUUCCAUUUUCAUACAUUUUUGAAAAAGCUCCAGGGAGCCACUAGGGCAGCGCUAAAGAGCCGCAUGCGGCUCGAGAGCCGCGGGUUGCCGACCCCGCCUUAGCUGUUUGCAUUCCCCAAAUAUAUCCAUCCAUCCAUCCAUCCAUUUUCUGAGCCGCUUCUCCUCACUAGGGUGGCGGGCGUGCUGGAGCCUAUCCCAGCUGUCAUCGGGCAGGAGGCGGGGUACACCCUGAACUGGUUGCCAGCCAAUCGCACGGCACAUAGGAACAAACAACCAUUCGCACUCACAGUCACACCUAAUUUAGAGUCACCAAUUAAUGCAUGUUUUUGGGAUGUGUGAAACCGGAGUUCCACGCAGGCACAGGGAGAACAUGCAAACUCCACACAGGCGGGACCGGGGAUUGAACCCAGGUCCUCAGAACUGUGAGGCUGACGCUCUAACCAGUCCUCUUUUUUAAAUAUUUGUCCUCUUCCAUCAUUAGAUUAAAAAAUAUAUAUAUGUGCAGCAAGUGCUUCUGGUUAUAUAAACAAACAUCACUUAUGAUGUGUCAGAAAAGAUUUAAAGCCCAAACUACAAACUAGUGUCGUCACGAUACCAAAAUUCUGACUUUGAUAGCUGCAGAAAUUACCUUGGUACCACUACUAAAACGAUACCACGGCAAAAACCGUCAAAAGAUUUGUUGUUUUAGCAAUGUCAUCGUGAUCAUAUGUAAAUAGAAGGCCACUAAGUAUAUCAUAUCAUACACCUACACCAAAGCUGAACUAGUAAUACAAAUUAAAACAAUCCCAAGAGCUUUGUAUUUGGGUUAGGUUGCCCACGUAUUUGUUAGCUAGCAGGCUUUUUCUUGGAGGAUAGGGAACAGGCGGGAGGUGCCAGUAUAAUUAUGGGGUAUGUACGGUUCUAUUAAUGCCAAAUAAACCAAAGCCAAAUAAAUUCAUAAAUUCCUUUCAGCACCCUAAUUCUGAUCCUCAGCAAAAAAUAAUUCCUUGUCUCAUGCACCACACUUUUUAUUUGUGUGUGUGUGUGUGUGUGUGUGUGUGUGUGUGUAAUCCUGUGAACUGUAUGUGUCAUAUUAUUUAAGUUUUAAAACUCUUAAUGACUUGAUGUGAAAUGGGGUACAGUAUUUAUAAAAGCAAAGCGAGUGGUGCCCUCAGACUUUUACACAGUACUGUAUAUGUGUGGCAGUGAGGUCUUUAGCAAGUGCAAAUGGCUUUCAAAGAUGCCUUGCAGAAAGGUUUUCCCAUGUCGGUCCGGCGCACCCUGCUGGCAAUGCAGGCAAAAUAAUUCCAGAUAAUGCUGCGUGUGUCUUGUUUAUUCAUGAGGAGUUGAAUGUCUGCAGGAGCAUAAUACUUAAAUAUCGGUACUUAAAAAUUGUAAUAAAUUUUUGAUAGCCGGGUAUAGUCUUGUCUACUUGCUGUUUUUGUGCACAGACCAAAGCAAUAAAUUAUUGGCGCCAUCUGCUGGCACCUUGUGCACCUUCAAAAGUGAAAGAAUGUUUCUGCUUCUGUCUCUGUUACAAUGUACCUGUAUUCCCUAACAUGUAUCAUUGUGUAAAUACCUAAAGGAUAAUCUCAUGACUUAGUACUGUUUGUGUAAAGUGCUAAUCACAGUUGUUUUGCCCAUGUGUGAUGCCACAUCAGUUUGUAUUAACGUGUUAUUUCAGAUGGUAUGCUAGCUAAUAAUAUUGAUGAGGCCCAUGUGAAGGUGGUUUAUUUGUGUUGAAUAAUUUAACUACUCAUUACAGUUUUUUAUGUUUUUUAUGUAACAUGGGUUCAUGAUUGUGUACAUGCUAGAUGCGUGGUUCUUUAUGGCAUUCUGUUUUAAGGGCUUCGCUUUGCCACCAUCUUGUGGCACCUAUACGCAAUUACAAACUCCUAUCAAGGGGAGCGGCAAUUCUUUGCACCUUUCUGCUAUUUGCAGGGGGUAGGGCCAUGCCGCCAAUUACGAAGGGGUUAACGUCCACCAGAGUCCUGCUGACCUUACGUGGCAUUUGUCUGGCCACCACCCAGCCGCGUUGCUCAACAUGCAAGGUUUCUACUCCAAGUUGGACUCGUCCCCGCUGCUGGGCGCGGGCCUCGAGAGAGAGGGUGCCCCCAUACCCCUCAGCCUGGCCGUGGAGACCGAGAAGGCCCAGGCCCUUUUGCAGACGUUCAGCUCAGCCUCCGUGCUGGCAUCGGCGGGGCUCGGCGUAUUCUGCGUGGCGGCGGACCACGCCCUGCAGCUUCCGCUCAUCCAGCAUCACCUGUGGCUGCGCGCCUUGCUGGACAACGGCACGCACGCUAUGGUGGGCCUGUGGUCUUGGGCCGUGGUCAUCGGGCUCAGGAAGAAGAGCGACGUGUACGAGGUGUUGCUGGCGGGUCUCCUGGCAUCCAUCAUUGACUUGGACCACUUCUACAUGGCCGGCUCGCUGUCACUCAAGGCCGCCGUCUCCCUCCCUCAGCGUCCUCCCCUCCAUUGCUCCUCCCUCAUCCCCGUUGUCUGUCUGUCCCUCCGCUUCCUCAUGUGGCUCGGACGCCUCAAAGACGCCUGGUGCUCGUUGCCUUGGAUGUUGUUCAUUUCCAUGGCGACGCACCACGUGCGGGACGCCGUGCGCCAUGGCCUGUGGGUGUGUCCGUUCGGGAACACGGCGCCGCUUCCCUACUGGCUUUAUGUCAGCACCACGGCGACGCUUCCUCACCUGUGCUCUGUGCUCAUGUACCUGACUGGAACCAGAGACGUCAUCUCCACUAAACACGGAGUCGCCAUCGAUGUGUAGACUGGGUACGAACAAAUGGAUGGCGAAUUGAUGCACGAAAGAAAUGUGGAACAAAAUCCAAACAAAUGAGAGCCAGUCACAGGAACUUUUAACUUUCUUACCUUAAACACCCCGAUUGGCCGUCUUCGCCUUUAGCGGUAUUUAUUAUGUAGUGCAUUACUGUACUUUAUCACAACUACACUUUCUCACAAGUAUUUACUUUAAACAAAAUGUCUUAAGAAGUGUUGCCUUCCUUGAGCAGACUUUAAUUGUACAUGCUUUCAUUGUAGUUAUAGUCGAACGAUUCCUUUUGAAAAAUCCAUGUGCAGACGCCUUUGUGUUUUAAUAUUAAAUAGGAAUAGCAUUAUUUAUAAUAGAUUACGUUUCAUAAUUAAAAUAUUUACAUUUGAAACGUGAAACCACUUUAUUUGCUAUUGUUACACUGAAAAAAAUCAAACUUUACUAAUAACUCAGAUAACAUCUCAUGAUAUAACUAAUCUUACUCCCAAUUAUUUAAAAGAUCUUUGUAGACACAUACUGUAGUUUGAAUGUGUUUUGUCCUAAUUCUGAGCCAGUAUAGGAAGAAGACAUCUGUUGUUUUCCAAAAAAAGGCUUAUGUUCUCAUUUAGCCACUAGAUGGCGACAAGGAAUUUAAAGUUGAAUUAUUCCAAGUUUUUUUCUUUUUUCUUUAAAGAGCUCUUCCAAGUAAAGAUCAAAAUACAGUUGUAAAUGACUCCAAGUUAAAGACAUUUUAAUUCAAAUGUUAUAUGUUGUGUAUUUCCGUUGUGUGCAGCGGUACUCUACAAUAAUUUGUAAUGUUAUGGUUUAUUAAGAGUUUAUUCUCACUGCUGUUUUUAAUGGCAUAAACAAUAUUUAGGAAUUUUUUCAUCACACAUUAUUGUACAUAUAUCUGAUGUCAAACUUACUUGCACGGAGCAGGUUCUUUGGACAGGCACACUGAAACUUAAAACUCCCCCCCCCAGAAAUAGUUUUCUCUUGAGCCAAAUCUCUUCUCACUGUUUUCAGUAAUACACUUGAAGCCUAUUUUGCACAUUGUGAUUUUGUUUCAAUUUGUUUGAAAUGUAUAACGACUUAAGUUUAGUUCUUGUGGGGCAAAACAAUGUAAUGUAUUGCACUAUUAUUUUAAUCUCAAUAAACAACAUCCUAAAUGUG